GAGUAAUGUAAUUAGCUAAAAUGUAAAACUGUUGAUUUCACUGGUACAAAAUGAAGGAAAAGGAACUAUAAGAACCGUUACUUUUGGGGUGUUUAACCGGUUCAGAACUUCAUGCUGGUUGGACCACUGGGACAGGACGAAAUAUAUACGGGUUCUGCUCAGAGAAGAACGAUAGGAAACCGUUAACAACCCAAAGAUUAUGAAACGUCCAUUAGAUCAAAUAACGCUCACCUAUCAAAAUAGCAAUUCACUUUUAUCUUGUCCAAAUUCGACACUCUCGUUGCCCCUCAUAACAAACAAAAAAAGAAUACUCACUUGACACGUUGUGUGCUUAACGCUAUAAAUCUAGGCGGAGUCGAACCUCCCGCUUCGCCUCUUUCCUCUCCGCUUGUGUUUAGCGGGUAAAUGUGCCCUGGCUACCAUCGACCCUCAAAAUGACGAAAUUACAAUUUCUAAAUGUAUUUUUGACAGAAAAGUUGAUGUUAGCUGCCCAAGAUAUAUAUAAGCAAGUGGAAGAGACCAUAUUAGAAUACCAGGAGGAAAUAUUCCAGGGAAAGCGAGAGAAUGACAAACUGAGACGCAAGCUUCACGAUAAUGGGAUUCCAUGGCCAGACCAAGAGCCCUUUUCUCCUGUAGAAUCUGAGGAGGAGGAGGAGGAGGAGGAGGAGGGAGCCAUUGGGCAUAAGCAGGAACCAGACCUCGGACAGACUUUGGAGAAACAGGAGGGAAGGGCCAGAAGGGAGGAAAAGCUGUUUAGGGGACUGGCCCCGCUGUCUAGAUUCGUUCCUUCUGAUGGAAAUGAUGACUAUGAUCAGAACCCACCUCAACCCACCUUACAUCAGUUCCAAAUACAAACUCACACUGGGAAGUCUAUAGAGGCAGGCUUUCUAUCAAGCUCAACAACCUCCAAUCCAAUCAAAACAGAGACUGAUAGAUUGGGCGUCUGUCCAUUGGAUGAUACAUCAAGUGACCCAAAUACUUUCUCUUCAGGGAACCUCGACCUUUCGGCAGCACAGAGUGAGAACAGUGACUAUGAGAACACUGAUGACUUCUGGUGCUGUGCAGUGUGGAAGGAAAGCAAGGAGGAAGUGGAGGGUGUGGUUCCCAGUACCUGGGUGGUGGGCAGGAAGGUCAUUUCGCCUCCAGCCAAUGGCAGCAAAGUCCUGAAAGAAAGACACAAGCCAGGAGCCAAUUGGACAGCAUAUGACCUUAUUAAGGUCAAACUAUUCUCAGAAUCUCUGGAGGAGUGUGAAGGGUACAGUAGGUCCAGUGAUGAGCUGACUGACAACGGAGACAACACGUGAGCCUAACACGUGGAGGAAGACGGGCGAGAGGGACACAUUGACACUAGGCAGAUACCUCAAGGAGGACCCCAUGGAGAUGAAACACACAGAAAUGUCGAACUCUGGAACCCUGGAGGAAAGUUCUGCAGUUCUAGAAGCAGAACCUCAUCUUGAUCCAUCUGAGAUCAGAGGGCAAGUUAGGUUACCCUAUAUCUACCAGUGUUAUUUCCCAUUGGUUUUCCACACACAUGGUCUGUCAGUUUGAGGCGCUGUACACUACAUGACCAAAAGUAUGUGGAACAUCUCAUGCUCGUCGAACAUCUCAUUCCAAAAUCAUGGGCAUUAAUAUGGAGUGGUAACGCUCGAGCAAGCGGUUGCUCCCGACACCACUUGGGUACACUACAGCAUCCACCGAGAGGCUUUUGCUGCCAAGGGAAUGCCUGGCAACUUGAAAGACGUUUUGUACACUACAGUGAAAAUGGUUA